GGUGGGGAGAGGGGCGUCCUGGCUGAGAUGAGCCCCCUCUGCAGAGGGCCCACUCCCCCAGCACCACAGCGUGAGGGUCACAAACCCCCAGGCCGGGCCAAGAGGAGCCUGUCUCCUGCGGGGGGGGGGGGGGGGCUCCUCAGGACCAGCCCCUUUGCCCAGGACCAGGUCUGCUUCCUUGGGCCAAUUCCCCACAGGGCGUCCUCCCAGACAGCCCGCCCCCAGCCGGGAGGCGCCAGCCCAUCAAACAAUGUCAGCACCUCCCGAGCAACCCACGAUGACACGUGUGUCUGGGGAGAAGGCGCGCGGCAAGACACUGACGUCUUCUCGUUUCCUUGAACAUUUCCUCCAGGUUCGCCAGGGCCUGCCUUCCAUCCUCUACCGGGGUGCCGCUUCCUGCCAGUCUUUUUACCUGACCAGGGAAAGCCUCGCCUGGAAUAAACAGGAUGCCGAGAUGACCCUGCCUCCACAGGGCACCAGGCCCCACGGUCACCGCAGAGACAGGAGCCAGCCACAAGCAGAGGCCCAAGUCCAGGACCCCGGGAGGCACCGCUCCCUGAGGCUAGGACCGAGGACUGCCCAAAGGUCCCACAGAGGGGUGGGGGUGGUGUCUUCCCGGAGCCGCCCCCGCCCUUGUGCUCCCACACCUGCAGCCCGCAGCCGCACCCGCUUCAUCUAUCAUCGGGGACCACCCACUAGGACCCACGUCAGCAGGAAGAGGGGCAAGUGGUCCAGGAUUGCAGGGGUCCGGCGGAGCCACACCCGGGUGCCAGGCUGGGCCCACAAAAGACCGAUGGGGAGCAGCCAAGAGGAGCAGCCCCUGCCCCUGCCAAGCCAGUCGGGCCAAGACGCAGACCUCCUGGACGCUGCUGACACCGCCAGGCCUCAGGCCUCUCUCCUGGAGAGGCACCUGCCAGAGGGGGAGAGGCAGCUGCACGGCAGCGGGCAAGGGCCCUACUUCUACAUCGGAGGCACCAACGGGGCCUCCAUAAUCAGCUCCUACUGCAAGGGCAAGGGCUGGCAGCGCAUUGAGGACAGCCGGCGGGAGGACUACAAGCUGAAGUGGUGCGAGGUCAAGUGCAGAGACAGCUACUGCAGCUUCCGGGAAGGCGAACAGCUGAUCUACCAGCUCCCCAACAACAAGCUCCUCACCACCAAGAUCGGGCUGCUCAGCGCCCUGAGGGAGUACUCGAGGGUCGUGAGCAGGACCCACAAGACAUCACCGUGUGCCCAGGCCACAUCCAGAAAGGACACAACCUCCGCCCUUGAGGAGCUCAUGUGGACCAGCCCAGGAUGCUUUGGGCCACAGAGAGUCCUGAAAAUGGAAGAAUUUUUCCCAGAGACCUACCGUCUGGACAUCAGGGACGAGAGAGAGGCUUUCUUCACUCUCUUUGAUGAAAAUCAGACGUGGAUCUGCAAGCCCACGGCCUCCAACCAGGGCAAAGGCAUCUUCCUGCUCAGGAGCCAGGAGGAAGUCGCCGCCCUGCAAGUCAAGACCCAGAGCAUCGAGGACGACCCCAUCUACCGCAAGAUGCCGUUCCGGGCGCCUCAGGCGCGGGUCGUGCAGAGGUACAUCCAGAACCCACUGCUACUGGAUGGGAAGAAGUUUGACGUGCGUUCCUACCUGCUCAUCGCCUGUGCCACGCCGUACAUGGUCUUCUUUGGUCACGGCUAUGCCCGCCUCACUCUCAGCCUUUAUGACCCCCAUUCCAGCGACCUCAGUGGCCACUUGACCAACCAGUUCAUGCAGAAGAAGAGCCCCCUGUACGUGCUGCUCAAGGAGGACACGGUAUGGAGCAUGGACCACCUCAACCGCUACAUCAACGACAAAUUCCGGAAGACCAAAGGACUCCCUAGGGACUGGGUCUUUACUACCUUUACGCACUUAUUGCUUGAUGUGCUGCACAAAAUAUACAGUGAUUCAUGUGCCACAUUUGUCUCCUGUCGCCAUUACUGUGAGUGAUCUGCCCAAAGCUGUCCUCAGUCUUGAACCCCCGUACCCGCCAUGCGGGAGGAGCUCCACAUGUUUGCUGAAGGAGUAAACUAAGAGUGAAUGAGUUUCUAGCUGUGAGUCUGUGACUCCGUUUGCGAGUGUGGGCGGUGUGGCUGUGCAGGAAGGACACCUGGCGGGAGCACGGAAGCGGAUGCAGCAGAUCAUGGCUCACUGCUUCCAGGCUGUCAAGUCCAAGCUGCAAUGCAAGCUGGGCUACUUCGACCUCAUUGGCUGUGACUUCUUGAUCGACGAAAACUU